UCCUGAGCUGCACCCUUUACCAGCCAUCUGUUGCAACAGAGGCUGGGCUCCCUCUCGGGGCUGCCCCUCCCUCACUUCCUGCUCUGGACUUCAGCAAGGCCCAGUCCCCCUCUGCUCUCCACCCGGGCCUCCAAGGAGCGUCCCCGGCUGCAGGUCAGGGGAGUGGCUGUCCUCAUAGAUCAGGAGACCUGCUGGACUUGGGGCUGGGCCAGUUCUAUUUGCCCAGAGCCCUUUACCUACAAGGAAAUUUAGUGGACCUGGUGCUGGGCCAAGAUUGUAACUCUCCACAGUGCUGGGGGGAUGCUGGGCCUAUAAAGGUAAGAGUGACUGAGGGGUGGGGGAGAAGCUCAGCAGCCUGGUCCUGUCCACUCUAGGCCAGUGCAUCCUGCUCCCCCGGCUCAGAGACCUUCUCUCGGAAGCCUUGAAGAAACCAGCGGUGUCCAAGGAGCUGCUAUGGCUUCGUCCCCCACCAGGGCAUGUGUCAUCACCACCUGCAUCCUCACCACCUUCCUUUUCAGCACCGUGGAGAGUUACAAGUGCACAGAAUGCUCUCCACUGCAGUGCACUUCCGGCUUGCAGGCAACAUGUGAAGCCACUCAAGGCUGCUUCCACUACAAGCAAGAAUUUAAUGAAUCAGGGAAAGUCCAGCAGUCCUCCCAGGAAAAAGGCUGUUCUUCCAACACCUGCACCCCACUGGCCUUCUCAGCAACUCUGGGGAAUGAGCGGACAUUCGGGUAUGACCUCCAGUGCUGUAGCAGCGAGCUUUGCAACCAAAAGGACGUGUUCGUGUCUCAGAAGUCACCAGACCCCAACGGUGUCAAAUGCCCUGCCUGCUACAGCGAGGAAAGUGUCUUCUGUGGCACCACUGACCUGCCCUGCACAGGGCGGGAGACAAAGUGCGUGGAGGUUGUCGCCACAGCGUUUGACGGCUUAGCCAUGUACGGUAUGGGCUGUGCCACUGAGAAUGCUUGCAACUUGAAGGGUCAACAAGUGUUGUCUGGCAUAAAGAUCUGGACCCGCUGCAUAGACCCCAGCAGUGGGGGCCCCGCCCUGCUGUCUGCCACCUCAUCGAUGCUGUCCAGCCUCUUCCUGCUCAAAGUCUUCCUGUGAGCUCUCAGGCACUGCCAAGCCCAUGAUCCUACAGAUCCAGCCUGUUCAAGCCAGCAGACGUCCCCUACAGAUGUCUCCCUUCCCCGACGUCUACCCCUCCGGGCAGAAUUAAAGAGCCGGUACUUCUGUGCAUGUGUGUGUGAUGGCUUGUUUGUACUUCAGUCAAGGAAAAAGAGGCCUGCUCUCUCUUCUAAUGGCUUCUUCACCUCAAGCAGCCCCACUCGAGGGCUCUGGGUUCCUGGCAUUUACAGGAGUCUGAGUCUCCACUUUGUCACUCAACCCUCAUCCUCGGCACACGUCCCGGGAUGCACCUCUGUCCUGGUAUUCUUGGUUUCUGCUCCCAAUCUUGGACUGCGUUGCCGGGAGACUCAUUCUGAUAGAACGCUUCAGAGCCCAGGGGUCCCUGCUCGCAGCUCAUGAAGCCCCAGGCAUAACCGCAUCCCCACCGCCUCAGCACCUCAUGUGUAGAAGUCUCCCCAUGUGCUCUGCGACCCUCUGCUCCCUGGGAUGGGUGGCCACUGGGGAGGACACAGGCAGAGGCAGUCGCUUUAGCAUUAAGUUCAAAGAAUGGGGGUGGUCCCCUCAGGAGCCCAAAGAGCUGUGCCCUCACUCACAGGGCUGGAACCAUGGCAGCCACAGCUGCGCUCCCCAUGGUGCCUGUGAAGAGGGUUCAGCAGGGCAGGCCCUUGCAGGCCUCAAGCCAGUGCUGAACCACAGUGAAGGAACCCUUGAUCUGCUCACAGGGACCCUGGCUUCUGCAGUUUCCCACACAGGAGCUACCCCCUGUUGUUGCAUCAAAGAAAGGAAUGCCCCAAGGCUGCUCCUCCUCUGUGGGUCUGUAAGACUGGGGCUGCCUCUCUCCCUCCCAGGCCGGGUCUCACCCUGAAGCCCCCUAGGCAUGCAGCUGGAUGGCAUCCCUCUGCCCACCGAGGUUCUGUGGCCCAAGGGAGAGCUUGGCUCCAGGACUGGGUCACCGUGUCCUUCCUGCAUGGCCCUCUGUGCUUGGUGACUGUGUAAGGUGGCCCUUGUCCCUAGGGGGACUGAGUCUCGGUAUCAGUAAGAUCAGCCCUCGGGGCUGGCGCUGUGGCACGGGUUAGGCCUCCACCUGCAGGGCUGGCAUACCAUGUGGGCACCUGUUCGAAUGGAAGAUGGCCCAGGUGCUUGGGCCCCUGCAUCCACUGGAUCUGGAGGAGGCUCCCGACUUCAGAUCGGCUCAGCUCCGGCUAUUGAGGCCACUUGGGAAGUGGAUGGGGGACCUCUCUCCUUGUCUCCCUCAUUCUGUCUAUAAUUCUCUCAAAUAAAUAAAUAAAUCUAAAAAAAAAAAAAAAAGAGAUCAACCCUUCACUGAUGACUAGAGCGUCCAUUCAAAACACUGUCCCAAACAGGAAUGCCUACAUGGACCACACUGUCAGCAAAAAGAUAAGCUCUUUGUGAACCACUGAAAGACCAAGGGCUUCGUUACGCUGAGCAGCCAGUCCUGACUCAAUUCAUGGCAAGAGCAGCAGAGACCAGCCAAAGGAGUGGCUCGAUCGUCCAAGAAACGCAGCCUCAAGGAACCCCCCAGACUCAUGGUUCUUGUCUUCUGCCUGAGAGGGGAUGUCUGCUGGCUUGAACAGGCUGGAGCAUCCAGAACACACGUAGUCCACCUGGGCUCUAAGCCAGGGAGUGGGCAGAGGGCUUCUCUUAGCCAGGCCCUUCUGCCGAGACUGAGGGACACCCGAUAUGGGAACAGCAUGUGGUUUAACCGCUUUUGCUGGUUUCUCCAGAGCAGAGACGGCAGCUCUGUGAUGGUACCAGGUCCCACGCCCAGCUCCUCUUUGUUUUCCAGCCACAGAGCAGCUGAUCUGGGUGGUGUGGUGGUCCUUGCAGUCUUCUGUCUGUCCCCCUGGGAGUCAGCUCCUCUUUCCCGGGAGGAGGGGGCUGGACUGAGGGCCGCUGACCAUUCCUGGCAUGCCAGGAAGGUUGAGUGGGUGCCAGACUCUCUUCUAAGCACUUGACCAGGAUCAACUCAGGUGAGCGUCAGAAAAGUCCAAUGACCACUUUACAGAUGGG